AUGGAACACCACCACAGAGUCACCAGGGGAUACCCAAGGUCCCUUCUCAGCAUCCUUCUCAAGCGAAGACCAAGCAUCUACUUCACCGUCUGGCAAUGGCACCCAAAGUGCAAAAUCACAAGCAUCGACCCAUUCAUCUGGAGUGACAAGAUCUGGCACUACAAGCGAUUCGCUACCGUGGUCGGUUCCUGUGUCUGUGGCCACUGGUUCUGGGAUGACAGGUGGGAGUGUAGGUCCAGCUUGGAACACGACUUUGGUUCCUACAGGGAAUGGUUCGAUUCCAACUGUCAGUCUCUCAAGUGGAAGUUUCAUCCCAUUCCCAACAGCUUCAGACCUCACAAACCCAGGGGGUUCGUCGAGUGGCAGCGCGGCUCCAAACUGGAACACCACCUCUGA